AUGGCUCCAACAGUAAGCAAAAGGAUAAAAACCCUCUCCGUGAGCAGACCAAUAAUAUAUGGCAAUACGGCUAAAAAGAUGGGUAGUGUUAAACCACCAAAUGCUCCUGCCGAACACACUCAUUUAUGGUCAAUUUUUGUUAGGGGGCCACAGAAUGAAGACAUAUCGUACUUUAUCAAGAAAGUUGUCUUCAAACUUCAUGACACUUAUCCAAACCCUGUAAGGUCUAUAGAAGCGCCUCCAUUUGAACUGACUGAAACAGGAUGGGGUGAAUUUGAUAUAAAUAUUAAGAUUUAUUUUGUAGAGGAGGCCAAUGAGAAAAUCUUAAAUUUUUACCACCGAUUACGACUUCAUCCUUAUACUAAUCUUGUACCGAGUUCCAACAAUGGAAAUGAACAGAAUACGACAGACCAUAACAGUAAAGAUGCAGAAGUUAGCUCUAUUUAUUUUGAUGAAAUUGUAUUUAAUGAGCCAAAUGAAGAAUUUUUCAAGAUUCUAAUGAGUCGACCAGGAAAUGUUUUACCUUCAAACAAAACCGAUAGUUGUGUAUACUCCAAACAAUUAGAACAGGAAGAAAUUGACAGAAUAGAGAUUGGCAUAGAAAAGAUUGACAAGGAAAUUGACGAAUUGAGGCAGAAGCUGGAAAGCUUGGUAAAAGAAGAAGCCAUUAACGGAAGUUAG